AAGUUGAGAGACAAGAAAAAACUAAGACAAGAAAAAAAAAAAAAAGAACAGAAAACAAACAAACACGAUAAUAUUUUGAAGAAACAGAGGAUUUAAAAGAGAAAAAAAAAAAAAAAAUGGCACUGAUAUCCGCACAUUUCGAAAGCACGCAAUUUUUCUCAAAUCCAAUAUUGUAAUAAUUAUAAUAUUAUAAUCGAGAUUAUAAUGCAUUGCAUACGCGAUAAUACGACGAAGCAUAUAAGGCACGGCCGCACGUCCUAUAGAUGAUCGGUUUUUUCAUAAAAACAAAAUAUAAAAACAAUUUUAAUAGGUUAAUUGUUAAGUAAAAUAAGCGAAGAAAACUUUUGCUGUACAGACGCGCGACGCAAGAAUAAUUAAAUUAAACACGUCUCACGCAAAAAGUAUAUUAAAUUCAAUAAACACACGCAUACAUACCUAUAGGAUACAUAGCAUAUGAAAAGAAGAUUCUAUUCUAAUAAUUGUUGCUAUUGUUAUCAUCAUCGUUGUUACCGCUAUAACUAUAUUAUUAUUGUUGUUGUUGUUAUAAUUAAUAUUAUUAUUAUUAUUAUUAUUAUUAUUAUUAAAGUUUACCAACAUGAUUGCAAUUCUCUACACCGUAUAUUACGUAUGAAAACCGCGCAACGCGACGCGAGGGGAAGCGGUUUCGUAUAUCUAUUUUUUAUUUCCCCGCCGUUUCUACUGCCAGAUGAUUGAACGGGCGUUUGGAAAAAUCUAUCUUCCCGCGGUGCCAAUAUCAGUAAUCCUGUUUCCACCUAAAAGAGAAGAUCGGCAAAGGUAAAAAAAACGGAGAAUCGAACCGUCCGAAAUAGAGCGAACGAGCCCUCUUUGCGGGGGUGAAGCUACGAGGAUAAUAUCCAACGAUCUCGAGGGGUCCUCGGGGCCCGAAAACGGCACGAUCAUUGAAUCCGACGAGGCGACGGUGAUCAUGGGGAGCCAGGAGGGGGAGGCCAAGUCGACGGCGAGCCUGACGGGCGUUCUGCCGAUGGUCGAGGUCGCCAGUCUGAUGGAGAAGGCCAAGUUCUACACUUCCCUCUGCCUCGGGACGACCGCGAUUCUCGCGGUGUUCGCCUUCCUUUUCCUCAUACCGUUCGUCGUCGAGCCCGCGAUAUCGACGAUACUCGCCGACUUCUCGCCACACGCCGUCGCCUGCGUCGCGACGGACCACGUCUACGCCGAGGGCCUGAGGAACUGCUCCUGGGCCAGCUGCAGGGAGGGUUGCACCAGCGCCGCUCUCCGCUGCCACCAGAUCAGGGUGAAUUACUCGAGGGUGCCGUACGAGGAAUUCCUCGCUAAACCGGCCGGCCUGAUCCCCUGGGACGUGGCCAACACGAAGUUCUUCGUCAACACCGAGGGGUGCGGAUACCCGCCGAGGGUUAACUGCUCGGAGUUCGCGAGGAAGUUCGGAUACGGAAACAUGGGAAAGAUCUUCCCGUGCUUCUACAGUCGGACGCAUCCGGAAACCGUCGUCGCCAGGUACUCGUGGGACGAGAAUCUGAGGCAUCUCGUUAUGGCCCUCGUAGCUCCGAUCGUCCUCUUCGCCGUCUCCCUCGGCGUGCUUUGCUACUGGUACUGCCCGCCGAUCGGACGAAGAUGCGGAAGCCCGGGACGACCGUUGAUCGACAAGUAUGCGAGGAAGGAAGAGUAAGUAGCGUUUUUUGCCAAUAUACAGCAUCCUCGCUGAGGACGAAUUCGAGGAAGACGAAGAGGAGUACUGACUGCUGCCAAGGGCUCAUCCCCCAGCGAGGGAAUGACGCCGAUCACGUCGAACAGAGGGAAGAUUUUAUUCUACGAACAGUAUACUUCGCUUCCGAUCCAAUGUCAAGUCCCGCAUAUCUUUACGACGAUUUUGCUCAGGUAUAUAACGAUCGUCAAGAAUUGUCUGCAACGCGUAGGAAAAAAUAUUCUUCUCGCUUGCUAAUUUUCGAAUUAUACAAUCUACGAAAAUAAUUACUUGGUAAUAAUCCACUCUCUAAAAUCUCUCAAGCCUCAUCUUUUUUGAUAAUUCUGCGUAGACCAGGUGCUUUUUUUCUAUAUGAUAAAUUGUGCGAGCGAAAUCCGCGAACGAUUAGAAAUCGUUCGACACAGCUUUGGAUUUUGAUAAUAGAGCAAGUUUGACCGCGGGCAGUGUACGAUGUAAAUCUAUAGUAAAUUCGGACUCAAUCAUCUACCAGUAUUCCAAUUAAUUCUUAAAUGUAAAUUACUUAGAAUCGUAAAACCCGAUUUAGAUUGACCUUCGUCUGAGGAAAGAAGCAAACAAAUGAAAAUAAUUAUUUCAAUUAGUGUUUGUAUGAAAACUAUAAUAAUAUACUGGACUGCACUUACUCACGCCAUUUUUAUUCUGUUAAAUAUUAAUAUCAAUACCUAAUACGAUAUUAUAACGUAUUGAAUGAAACUGACGCUCACAGAGUUUAUCGAAUUACACAGGAAUUAUAAUACUUCGAGUCUUGUUGUAGUUAUAAAAAAUAAAAAAAAUAAAAUAUAGCGCACGAUUUUCAACUGACAUUGCAUAGUAUGGGAGGCUUAGAGUGAACAUAGCUGCACAGUAUCGCGAAUUUUGCUAGAUAAAUUUGAAGCAUGAAGGACAUAUACAAUGAUAUUAAG